UUUAUUUGUACACUAUGGAAAGUAAGUUUGGUGGAUAUAAUGAUGAGGAUGAAGAUGACGUUCUUGCACCAAAAGAGCCUCAAGUUACUUCAGAAGACCCAAAUGAACGAAAAGCGGCAAGAGCUUUACGUAUCAAAAGAAGACAAGAAGCGCUUAAGAGAGCCGAGCAGCCUUUAGAAGAAAUAUUCAAGGAAGAAGAACCAGGUCACAUUGAGCAAGCAACGACCGCUGCUGCUGAAGAGCUACAACGGUUAGCUUUAGAUGGGGCAGCUAAAGUAACCAAUGUUAAAGUGACUACUGACGAGCGUGAAGUUAUUCGACGGGCCCUAUUUUCGACUAAGAUGCGGGAUUCUAUGGCAAAAAUUGAAGCUGAAGCGUCUGAAAGUCAAAUUCGAUAUGAUGCAAUUUCUGCGAAUUGGGAUUUUAUGCUAGGAAUUAAAGAUCCUUUAGAUAUUGAUGCAGCAAUAAAGGAACAAAAGCGUAAAUGCGAAGUUUUAUUAGAACAGAAAGAUAAAUUAAUCAAUGAACUUAAACAUGAUCUUAAAAAUAUGGACAAUGCUUAUUACGAAGAUUUAGAUAAACAGGAUAAAGAUAUAAAGGAACUUUCUGAUAGAAUAGAGAAGCAACUUACUAUUAUGCAAAGAGCUUAUGAAAAACAAUUAUUUCUAAUCGAACAAGCCAUUAAUAUUGAGCGCGAAAUUAUGGUAGACCAUAACAAUAAGCGGUGGGAGGCCCUUUAUAAGCAACGGGAUAAGGAAGAAAUUGCGCAUAUGGAAUAUAAAUUCGAGCAGUUAGACGAACAUAAAUUAGAGAUGGAAGCAAUCAUGUGGGAUCACCACGCCAAGUAUCGGGAAGCAAAAAUAGAACUCGAAACGCUCAUUCAAGAACUGCAAAAGGAGUUGGAAAAAUUAAAAGCGACAUGUAUAAUUAACACUGAAAAAAUAGGAUACAAUUAUCAGGUUUGGCGUAUGUCUGUGUCCCGAUGCAACGCGCUUUGUGUACGAGUGCGUCGGGCGGAGACGGCGCUGCACGCACACGUCCUCGCCGAGCCGCCGCCGAGACCACCGCCUCCACCGCCGAAGAGCCCUCUGACGAAAUAUGAUCCAGUUAAUACUACUGCUACAUCUGGAUUGAAUCCGAAGGACGGUAAAGAUAAUCUGAAAAAUGUGGCUGCUCAAGAAGCCAAAGACAGACUGGUGCGUCACAUCCUUCAACUUAUAGCAGACAAUACUGGAUUUUUAGUUGAAGAUCGUUUGUUAAAACUAAUUGAAAAAUAUCCUCUUACGUCACGAAACCUAUGUACAUUGGAUUCUAUUUUUAUGGCUUUAGAAAUCCAAGCCGAGGAGGAUAUUGAACUAUUAUGUAAGAUAUUCUUAAAUUACGCGUUUUGUCCAAUAUGUAUUGGCUUGGAAACUGCAUCCGAAAUGGUGGAACCUUCGACUUUUGCGGUUACAUCUCAAGAGGAAUCACACCAUGUCAGUAUUAGCGUCAAAGGGCAUGCUGACCGGUCAUCAACGAGAAUUCGAUCAAGUGUAGCCAGAAGCAUAUCUGCAAGUACAUCUCGCUCAGUGCAUGUUGGUUUCAGAACACACGAUUUAUCUCCAACUGAUCAACUUCUCAUGGCAGAGGCAGAUGAAAUAAUACAAAAAUGUGGAGAUCCUAAAGUAACAACGGCUGCUUCAGAUAAUGCAUCGGAGGGUGGAUCCACUUCAGGAAAACGCGGCCGCGGAGUCACCGUUGCUUCUCAGCCUACUGUCGUCUCACCGAAGAAGACUAACCCUUUUCUAUGUCCCCUUGGUCAUUUUUUGGAAAUAGAAUCGAUGCAAGUAUUGACAGCUUUGAAUGAAUUUAUGGCAGCAUUUGUUCCUCCUGAGAAAAGAAAGCUUUAUGAUAUACUGGAUAGCGUCAAGACACCAGACUUUGGUUCUCCAUCUCGGAAACUGAACGUCGAAGAAAUAGAACAAUAUUGGUCCCAGUGGAAAAACUUAUUCUCUCCAGAAAAAGAUCGCUUUUGGGAUGGAUUGCUUUCUGGUCUAAAUAACUAUUUAACGAUUUUACAAGAGCGUGAGCGAAUUCACGAAGACGUAUUGCAGUUACGUCAACGUAACGCUUCGCUACGUGGUUUGGUGCGCGGAACACUUCCUGAACUGCCGCACGCCGUGCCGCGGUACACGCGUCCUCGCCGUACGCCCUUCGUUGCUACUUCACCAGACUCAGCGCCACCACCUUUCGCAAAAUUAUCUCCCAUCUAAAAGAUGUUAAGAAUAUUAGUAUACCUAUAUUUCUGCUGAAAUAAAAUUUAUAAUAAAUCCCUUUAAUACUUAAUAUGUUAACGCAGUAUUAUAUAAAUCAUGUUAAACGUGAA